AUGGCUGUACAACAAGGCAUCUCCGGCGAGUGUCUCCACGCAGUCUCUCGACGCAUUGGCAGAGUCGCAAGAGCUGCAGAGUGCUCUUCGAGGUAUUUAGAUCUUCCUCUCGCCCCAGCCAAACCGCAACACCAACACCCUUGA